UUAAUCUACAUGUUUAAGUUUUACGAAUAUUACCGGGCACGGUUGUAAGAGAUGUGCAGCUUCUGAAACCUCCACACAUAGAGGCCGGGCGUAUGUUUUAUGUCUCAUGGGGUUAAAAUUGUUAAGAUAAUUUUCAUGAUACAUUCUAACCCCAACAACUUGGUGUGUUUCCCUGUCCUCUUGCUCUUCUUCCACCUCUGCUAUUGUGCAGACAUGGGGACUAACAGCACCUGGAAUCCGCUCUACUUUCAGUUCACACUAUUUGUGGACUACGGGCCGCUCAGGUAUCUGUUCUUCUGCCUGUGUCUGCUGAUCUACGCGACUAUAAUCUCUGCUAACGCCGUCAUUUUUCUCACCGUCUGCCUGGAGAAGUCUCUGCAUCAGCCCAUGUAUAUAUUUAUCUGCUGUCUGUCCUUUAACUCUCUGCUCGGCUCGACCGCCUUCUUCCCCAGGUUUCUGAUGGACGUGCUGCAUGACACUCAUUUGAUAUCACGUGCAAUGUGCUUCAUUCAGAUGUACUUUAUUCACAGCUAUAAAGCACAUGAGGUGACUAUUCUCACUGCCAUGGCCUAUGAUCGAUUUGUUGCCAUUAUCCACCCUUUACACUAUGACAGUAAAAUGUCGAUGAAGAUGGUGCGACGCCUUUUGAUUUUUGCAUUGCUCAGCCCUGUGUGUGUUUUCGGCUUCCUUUUCGGUCUGUCCAGCCGUCUGCCUCUGUGUGGAAACAGAGUGCACCGGCUUUUUUGCACCAGCUGGUCUGUGGUAAAACUCUCUUGCGUGGAUACAACCAUGGUCGAGUUAGCAAGUCAGGUUCUCACUGUGAUAUCGAUCUUUCUCCCCUUGUUCUUUGUCCUGUACACGUACCUGCGCAUUCUUCUCGUCUGCAGGAGAAACUCGUCUGAAUUCAGAAGAAAGGCGUUGCAAACCUGCCUGCCCCACAUAGUGACAUUUUUGAACUUUUGCAUUGCAAUAUUUUGUGAAGCUUCACUUUAUAAGUUUGACAUAGCCAAUAUGUUUGUCAUUGUUGCUUUAUCUCUAGAGUUUUUAAUCAUCCCCCCCAUCAGUAACCCUCUGGUUUACGGCCUGAGUCUGUCUCAGAUCAGAGGAGUGCUUUUUAUACGUGUGAAGGUUUGUAAAGUAAUUGCUGCUGCAAAACCCAAGGCCCGAACAGGCACAAAUUGCAAAUAAUCAAGCCCUGCAAGUCUGAUGGUCCCACAAAGAGCUUCUUAAAUAUUUAUCUGCAGUCUGUUUUUUGGUUGUUUGCCUUCACGUUCACUAUGAAAAUAUAUGGAUGUCUUUGAAAAAGCCUUGCAAUUAAAAAAGAAAUAGACUCUACCACUCGGAUUUGAAUGCUCCUAAUGAUUGAUUUGA